CAACAACUCUCUCUCUCUCGUUUGUGUCGUUGUGAGUGCAGUAAAUAACAGUUCCUCUAUAUAUACACAUACACACAUGCAUGCGCUGCCACACAGCUCACAAAUCACAAUACAUGAUCACACAGUGACACAAAGCCAGGAACUACGCCGUUGCAAGCAUCCGCGCGCAUCAGUAAUGGCGGGGGAGGAGGCGAAGAAGGCCACGGGGAGGAGGGUGCACGGCGGGCACCCGCUGCUGCGGGGGUGCGAGCGCGAGAAGUACACGCACGGGCUGCACCCGGCGCAGAUGGAGGCGCUCCGGGCCAUCUGUGGCGCGCUCAUCCCGUCUCUGCCGGCGGAGGGGCUCCACGCCGGCGGCGGCAAGGACCUCGAGAGGUUCUACCUCGCCUCCGCCGCCGAUGGUACCAUACCCGACGAGGUCGCGGAGCUGGUCACCCGGUGCGUAUGGGAGGCGUUGGUGCUGGUGAGGAUUGUCCUUUGGAUCCUGAGCACGAAGGUCGGCACGGUGGCGCUAUGCGGCGGGCUGUGCAUCUCCGGCAAGUUCCCCCACGUGUGCAAGUUCGCCGACAUGCCGGUGGAGCGGCGAGAGCAAGCGCUGAGGCGGUGGAACAUGGCGCGGUGGCUGUUCCCGCUCAAGAUCACCUUCGUGAUCAUCAAAAUCCUCUGCCAUUACGCAUUCUACACAACGUUAAACGAGAAUUCGGACAACCCGUCCUGGAAAGCAAUAGGAUACAGCGUGCCAGACGUCGCGGGGCCACCGGAAUACGGAACAGAAGCAGCACCGUCGCCGUCGCCGCGGCCUCUGGACAAUGGCGUCGUGGAGACCAGGGAGCUCAACGACACCGCCCUGCUCAGAUCGCUCGCGGACAAAGGACUCGCGGUGAAACCGGCGGGCGCGUCGAGCGCGCACCACACGGUUCAAUGUGACGCCGUAAUCGUCGGCUCGGGCUGCGGCGGCGGGGUGGCCGCCGCGGUGCUCGCGUCCGCGGGGCACAAGGUCGUCGUAGUUGAGAAGGGAGACUACUUCGCCUUCGAGGAUUAUAGCGCUAUCGAGGGCCCAUCCAUGGAGCGUCUCUACGAGAAGGGAGGCAUCUUUUGCACAUCCAACGUGACGACCGUCUUAUUCACGGGUAGGACGGUCGGCGGCGGCUCGGCGGUGAACUGGUCCGCCAGCAUCCGCACUCCAGAGGACGUCACUCGGGAGUGGGCGCUCGAGCACGGGCUCCCCGUGUUCGCGAGCCCGGGGUACGUGCAGGCCAUGGACGCGGUUUGCGCCCGGCUCGCGGUGACCGACGGGUGCCGGGAGGAGGGGUUCCAGAACAAGGUGGUGCGCCGCGGCUGCAAGGCGCUCGGGCUACAUGCGGAUGCCGUGCCGCGCAACUCGUCGGAGGGCCAUUUCUGUGGGAGCUGCUACCUCGGCUGCCCCACCGGCGACAAGCGCGGUACCGACACGACGUGGCUCGUGGACGCCGUCGCGCGCGGCGCGGUCAUCCUGACUGGCUGUAAGGCCGAGCAUUUCGUGUUCGAGAACAGCACCGGCGGCCGCGGCCGGAGCAAGAAGUGCGUGGGCCUGGUGGCGACGUGCAUGAGCAAUGGCAUAACCAAGAAGCUGCGCAUCGAGGCUAAGGUCUCGAUCGCGGCGUGCGGGGCGCUCAUGACGCCACCGCUGCUGCGCAACAGUGGGCUCCAGAACUGGCACAUCGGCAGGAACCUUCACCUCCACCCGGUGUCCAUGGCGUGGGGGUACUUCCCGGAGAACAAGCAGGAGCCGCAGCUCACCGGCAAGUGCUACGAGGGUGGCAUCAUCACCAGCAUGCACCGAGUCACAGCCCGCACCAUCAUCGAGACCCCGGCGCUGGGGCCAGGUUGCUUCGCUUCGCUGGUCCCCUGGGAGUCGGGCCGCGACAUGAAGGACCGCAUGCGCCGGUACGCGCGCACCGCGCACGUCUUCGCGCUGGUUCGCGACCGCGGCGCCGGGCACGUGGACGGCGAGGGCCGCGUGCUCUACACCCCAAGCCGGGACGACGUCGACGAGCUCCGCAACGGCCUGCGCCGUGCGCUUCGCAUCUUGGUGGCCGCCGGCGCAGCCGAGGUCGGCACCCACCGCAGCGACGGGCUCCGGCUGCGGUGCGAUGGCGUACAGGAUGACGACCUGGAGGCAUUCCUGGACGAGGUGACCGUCGAGAAAGGCCCCUUGUACCUGGGGCCGGACAAAUGGGCGCUCCACUGCUCGGCGCACCAGAUGGGCAGCUGCCGAAUGGGUGCAAGCCCCAAGAACAGCGCCGUGGACGGCAGCGGCGAGAGCUGGGAGGCCGAGGGGCUGUACGUGUGCGAUGGCAGCCUGCUUCCCACGGCCGUGGGCGUGAACCCCAUGAUCACCAUUCAGUCCAUCGCCUACUGCCUCUCCAAGGGCGUCGCCGAGACCCUGGCGCAGAGCAAGAAACAGUAGCCUAUAUUCGAAACUAUCAGCUGCUUGAUAACCGAACCAUGAUUCGUCACUGUACUUCAUCUUUGGAAAUAAGUUUGGAUCUGGUCCAUUUUUUAA